AUGAAUUUUGCAAUUACUGAUAUAUUUGCUUGUGUUACUUCCCUAUUUGUAAUGGCAAGAUUAGUUCCAAUUGGAAUUGCAACUGUUCAAGUAUCAUAUGGAUUAUGUCAAUAUUUAAGUCCAACAUUUUGUUAUCUCGGGCAAGUUUAUAUUAAAUAGAAAUUUAAAUCUUCAAUACUUUUAAUUUUCUAGAUGUGGUCUAAUGUUUCAUUUUUUCAUAUACUCUCAAUAUUCGUUAUGUUUAUCAUUUAGUUAUCGUUAUUAUAUUCUAAAAAAUCCAGCUCCAAAAAUCAGAUCAUUAUUUAUAUUCAUGGCAAUUGCUUAUAUUCCAGCAUUUUCAAGUGUUUUCUGUUUUUGUUUCAAUCAAGCUGAUACUCAAACUGUUUAUGAUUUAUACUAUGAAAUAUAUCCAAAUGAUACUUCACUCAGUUAUUCACAAUUUACUGGAAGUGUGAAUACUGAUGCUAUUACCGGAGUUGUUCCAAUGAUAAAUAUGCUAUUCUGCCCUAUUCCAAUUUUAGUUUCUGUUUUAUUAAUUCGUCGAAUGAUUGUAAAAUUUCUUGCUAAAACAAUGGAACAUUUGAGAAAAGAGACAAAGGCUCUUCACAAACAAUUAUUGACUGCAUUAACACUACAAGCUUGUCUUCCAAUAUUUUUCGGGCUUGGAACUGUUAUGUUCGGAUUAGAAGCAUCAGGAACUGUUAGAAAUCCUGCAGUUCAAGUAGUUAUUUCCGGUAUUCAUUUUUUUAAAGCUUCUUUAAUUUCAAUCAAUUAAUUGAUAAAAUUUUCAGCUUCGGAAUGUUUCAUUCCAGUUUUAUCUCCUAUUUUAUAUUUAUAUUAUGUCUCUCCAUAUAGAAGAUCUCUACUUAGAAUUGCCGGAGUCAAACCCACUGUUUCAGUAACAGAAGCUACAAUUACAAAUCAUCAAUCAGUUGUUACAAAGAACGAUAAAAAAUCUAUAACUAAAGUCGCCUAA